CUUUCUACUGUCCACAAUCUCGAACGGCUGACAUGGGGUUCAGAUAUGCUGUCGAGCACAUGGAGGAGGACGAACAGACAUCUAAAGCGAUACCGAAGUGGGUAGAACUGGAAUACAUGCAUAUGCGAUCAUUAGCAGGGACCGAUGGACAUGUGCACUUUACGCAUUUGUCCCGAUCAUCUUGUCAAACACUCACCGCUCUGUUUUCAACCGGUAACAAACGAGAGCUAGCUGAGGCCACUGCGCACUCAGAAGCUAUCCUGGAUGUAAUGCGAGGCCUCUCCAUACCCAUGGAGAAAGUGUGCCUACUUGACCCGAAGGCAGAGAAGGGAGUAUCGCCUGAAGACGGAGACGGCCGAUUCGAGUGCUUUCUUUUCGGCGUGCGUAUGUUUGAACUACAACCUGGUAUACUCGGUGAUGAUCCGCCGCGCGACCGAACGUCUGAACUUCGAGUCUUGGGAUUUCCUACGCGACAUCUUGGUCCCAUUCAGAUGACGACUGAUACGGCUCUCGGGGUCACAAAACUAGUCGUGCAGGACAAAAUUUCACUGUCUGCAAUUUCUUACAUUGACCAUCCGACCAUUACUUUCAACCCAAAAGAAAGCGUUGAGAUGCCGUUCAGGUACAUUGCCGAAAAUGGCGAGCCAAAACUCCCGCCAGGAAUGCGCGAGCAUCUCCAUGAAGACCUCAACAAAAGCUUUGACUUCUGAGUGUACGAGGGACUGCACAAGAGACAUAGCGAAAGAAUGCACAAGAGCACAUAGAUGAUGUAUAAGUACUGUACAGCGUAUGCAGAGCGAAUGAGCGCGUGCGGGUCCAUGGUAUGUGUGACAGACG